UACUUUGUUCACUUCAAAAGAAAUAUCAUCAUGAAAGCUUUACUUUUACUUUGUUCUUGUUUUGCCUUUUCUAAUGCUUCUCUUUGGGAUUUACUCAACAAAAUAACGGGAACCAAUGGGCAAUGCAGUACUGCUCCAAGCUUCAAAGAUCCUCUGAUAGCUACAGAUCCUAUGUGUGAGGCUAAAGCAGAUUCGGGAGACUGUACUUUCUAUGAUUGUUUUGAAGACAGAUAUUCCUGUGGACUAUGUGGCUUUCCUAAAACAUAUGACCUAUACAACUGUGAAAAAAUGCAUAUGCCUUUGUAUAUAGACAAAUUUACUCCCCAGGGACAGAAGUUUAUAUUAGACGCUGGUAAAUGUCUGACACUGUUUAUGAAAUCUUUAUACCGAUUGGACAGACUAAGUUGUGAUGUGGUCAAACAUCAAAUGGAGGAAAAAGUCUCAGAAUGUUUCAUCAGCAGUGGCUUCUGUGAUAUUUUGAUGGAAAACAGAAACGCAUUGUGGUCUGUCUACAAUGUUAAGAAAAUCCUCAAAAAUCCAAAAAUUGUUGGAGAAGUCAUGGACAUUUCAAAGAACUGCAGUGAACAGAUUGCCACAUGGGCAUUUGGACAUGCACAAACUGAUAUUACCAAAACACAGACAAACAUUAACUCUGGUUUAUCUCAAUUGAUUAAUGCAUUUGGCAAGAAGUAAUUAUAUUUUUUUUUAAUUUCUCUUAAGGAACAGUUUCUUAUUAGUAUGAUUGUUUUUUUUCAUUUUUAUUUAAUAAAAACAUAAAAGUAAAAAAACUUUCUUAUCCUUGAAACAUGGAAUAUGUCUACCAAAUCACUCAGUUGUCUCAAAUAAACUCAUCAUAGAUACCAG